AAUCAUUCCUCCCUCAACAACAUUGACGCUCGGUCCUACAGUGAUUGAACCCGAAACCAUUUCCGAAGAUCGGGAAUCGCCAUAUAUUUAUUUAAGCAAGAGAAGGACUUCGUUGGCCCGAACAUGGAAGCAGCAUUGAAGACCUUCUUCUCCUCGGCACGGUUCGCUGUCGCAGGAGCUAGCUCUGACACCUCUAAAUAUGGGCACAAAGUCUUCGUGUGGUAUCUGACUCACUCUCUCCCCGCUACGCCCUUGAAUCCUCGGGCGCCUAGUAUUACCGUAGGGGCGAAAUCCUACGACACCGUUGCCUCACCCUCUGCGCUUGUUGACGCUCAAAACACAUCUUUGUCUAUCAUCACUCCUCCGGCGGUGACGAUGGCGCUGUUGAAGGAGGCCAAGGAGGCGGGCGUCCCCGCCGUCUGGCUCCAGCCAGGGAGCUUCGACGCGGAAAUCAUCGAGUACGCUCGAAAGGAGUUCAAAGCUGCGAUUGCGGGUAUGGACGGAGGGACUUGGGGUGAUGAGGGCUGGUGUGUGCUGGUUGAUGGCGAAAGAGGGUUGAAGACGGCCCACCGACAUUGGGAGCGGGCGAACAUCUAGGCGAGAUAGAUGAGUGUCUGAGGGCGGAGGAUUCUGGCGACAGAGUUCCUCUAAGCCCUAGUUCAGGAAGAUGUAUCAGGAUUCAUUAACCUGACGUUCUACGUUAUGUAAUAUUCGGGUUACAUCCCACAUAUACGACCUUUCGUGGGUUUCCAAACUUGUUUUCGAGGACAACGAGAGACUACCUGCAUCGAAAAGUCACCUCUAGGAGUGGAGGGAACACUGCUUCUGAGACUGAGACCUUCCCAGCCCGCCAGUAAGUCACAAUCAUGGACGAUAAGAUGAGGAAAGCCUCUUUCAUAGACCCUAAGCCUAGAAUGAAUCAAUGAAUAUAAUGCUCACCUCGCC